AUGGGCCGCUCGGAACAUUUGGCCGCUCGGAGUUUUACUGCUGGGAUCCCGCCGCACAACUCUGUCUCAGAAUCUUCAGUGGACCGUUUCAGGCCCUGUCAGCCUGUCCACUCACUCGACAGAAAGACUGGACUCAACGUCCAUCCACGAGGACCCCCAAGAGGGGAGGGGGUUGGGGGGCACUGGGGCUUCUCCGAGUCCACCCAUCAUCAUUCGUUAUCUUCUCUCGAGAGUCUCCUUGCCAGCCAGCAUCAACAGCCGCCGAGAGAAACUUGGUCUGGCCUGGACAACUCUGGCCACCAUCGACCGAUUGGGCCUCGUUGUCUCCGUUGUCUCUCUUCGCUGACUCCAACCCGGACUACGCGUUGGUCAGAAACGAUGUUGACCGCGCCGUUUACCCGUGGAUACGUCAGCGACCUUGCCGAUGUUGCCCUGUCUUUUCGCCGGCGUUUUCAAAGAUCCCAAACCCCAAACCGCCUUCUCCUGAACUAA